AUGACGAGCAAUACUGCGCCAAGCACAGCUGGUACAUCACUUUUUGGUGGUAAAAGUAAAUUAAUGGCAGUUAUUGGUGAUGAAGAGACAGUGACCGGCUUUCUACUGGGCGGUAUUGGUGAAAUUAGUGCAAAAACACGGAAACCAAACUUUCUCAUCGUUGAUAAAAAUACAAAACUAUCGGAUAUCGAAGAAACAUUUAAAAGUUUUCUCAUACGUGAUGAUAUAGGAAUUAUUCUCAUUAGUCAAUAUAUUGCUGAGAUGAUUCGUGGAACUGUCGAAGGUCAUGACAAAUCUGUUCCUGCAAUACUAGAAAUCCCGAGUAAAGAACAUCCCUACGAUGCUUCGAAAGAUUCCGUUUUACGACGAGCACGUGGUAUGUUCAGUGCAGAUGAUUUCAAAUAG